AUGGAAUAUACUGCUUGGGGUGUAGUAUAUACGUCAUCAGCCGAAGAUUUUCGAGUAGGCAAGAAUAUGAUUUGGACUGAGUUUCGGGAAUCAAAGCUGUUCAAUAUAGUCGGUGAGUUCUUCAAAAGCCUUCAUUUCUUCAUCCUUUGUCAUGAAAUGAUUUCUGCUCGGGAAAAGGUUCAGGUGCUGGGAAAAAUUGAACUCUGUGAAAGUUACUGGCGGAUAAAUAGGACACUGUCUUCGAACCACCAGGCUGUUUCUAGAGCAGUAUUCCCCUCUCUCGUGCAACUAGUGAAGGUGACUCAAAACCAGUGUGGAGGAAAAACCAGACUUGCAUGGGAAAUCCCGACUAAGUUGGCUUGCGUUUACUGCAACCACUGUUCUAAACAUUCACCACUGACUUUACCUUUUGGAUUAAGAUCGCUUCUAAGAUUGAGCUCAGUGUUUUACGAGCUCAGUGUUUUGGAAGUUGGAGGCGGAGUUAUCUCAAUGCUUCCCUUUUAUUGGCUAGAUGAGGGGCUUUUAGUUGUUUUGUUCUUUAACGAGGUGCUGCUGAGUUUUUUUGAGAGUGUUAGCCCACUGGAAGUUCACUCUAGUGAUUUACAAAUGCAGUUGUUUUUGUGUCCAAAGUAUUUGUGGUCGGUUGUCGGCGUCUAUAGAAAACUAUUUUAA